AUGCGUUCUACUCGUGGAAGCGAUAACUCAGUCAGCAUAAAUAUAUCAGAACUACAUUAUGACUGCUGUUGUCAGAAUUCAGAAGUCCUGCUGUCUCUGGAUGGUUUUCCAAACUCAAAAUCGAGGAUAACUUUCGCACUGAAUGUAUUUUCUAUUGUUGUUAUUCAAUUGGGAAUCGCGAGUGGACUAACAUAUCUGAUCACGCAAGAACUCUUUGUCUCCUUUUGGGUUGAACAUAAUACUAUAUUUCUUUGGAUGUCCAGUUUAAUUUACUUCGUCCUCGAAAUGGUAUGGGCCUUCAUAAAAUCAGUUCCGAGGAUGUUUCCGUGGAACUUUCUAUACCUGUUACUAAUGACAUUCGUAUCGUCAUUCAUAAUUGGAUGUGAAUGCUUAUCAUACAAAGAUGAGGUUCCAUUGGUUGCAUUCUCACUUCUAUGGACGAUGUUGCAAGUCAUUAUCUGCUUUGCACUCUUCGUGGUGAACGAUUUCACGGAAAAUUUACUAAGCAGGAUAGUGAAUGUUAUAUUUGGCCUGUCAAUAUUAUGUGGUCAAAUUGCCUACUUCGCGAGACAGCUUACUACGCAACUCGUGAAACAAAUGAAGCUGGUGUUUGGCACGAGUACUCAUUAUUAUUUAGAGGACAAUAUUGUUAUUCCAGCCAGGAAUAUUUAUGAUUACAGUUGGUGUUUGAUCUUGACGGUUUUGUGGGUGUAUGCACCGUUCGGACUGAGAUCUCGACCGCCAUCAGUAACACCACCAGGAGGUUGA